AUGUCAGAAGAUCUUCAGCUGCCCGUUAUCCCUGAGAUAACAAAUACGGUCAAUAACGCUCCUCCAGUUUGCUCGGAUGAGGAUCAUAUCGAGUUUGCGCGCCUUAUUAUCCCUGUGAUGACACCUGUUGCGGUUGAAGACGCUACUUUGGUUGAGGAUGCUCCAUCUCCUCACUCGGACUAUCGUGUCAAAUCUGACUCGCUAUCCAUCCAGUCAAUGGAUUUUAUUGCAGGUCCAGAUCAGGUGCUCAGCGCAAGUGAUAAAUAUACUCUCAUCAGCUUGUGCCUUGACCGUAAGAAGUCUGGAACCUUCGCAAGCCAGUCAAAACGCUUUUGGCUGGACAUAUCUACCACUUUUUUCCACGUUUUUCACUCUUUGUAUCAGUGGCAACUUUGCCGAGAAUACAUGGUGAAUUGGGAAUCUCGAGACACCAACUCCCCGGACCCCUAUACAACCUCAAGACACGAAGGCAGCAUAAAUGCUCACCAUCAUGAGAGCGGCAGUGACUCCUCUUCAGAGGACGAGGAGUAUAAAGAUGGGAAGCUAUAG